AUCGAAGGUUUUCUAGCUCUAUAUGACGAAAAACUCGUAAGAGAUGGUUUCCAUGGAUUUUGUCUCAAAACAAAAUCAUUUGCUUCAGCUAUCGGUGCAGUCAGUAUCGAGAUUCGAAGCUUUGGAAAGUUGGAUUACUUCACAAUCUUAUUUGGGAAAACUAUCUGAAAGAAACAAAAAAAUCAAAUAUCGUAGAAAACAAAACGCAACAAAAAAGUAAAAAAACAAAACACUCUUCUUGAGUAGGAGUUUACAUCGAGCGAGAGAAAACCGCGGGUGAGACGCGAUGGCUUCAUGGCUUCACCCCGAAAAGAAAAGCAACCAAAAUCAAGUUCCUCCUCUGCAACAAAAAUCAAGAAUACCAGUCAGAGUGACUCGCCUAAGCAGAGAGGGUAACAGAAGACCUUCGUCCGAGAACGGAGCCUAUAACAAAGCGCAGCUGGAGAGAAUUUCAGUAAGCAAACUUCAAAACAAGCGGCCAUCGCGGAUUCCGAUUCCGAUGGAUGAUAGGAAGGACAAAGUCAAAGUUGAAGUCAAUCUAUCCGAGAAUGUCAAAACAACUCGAGAAGAAAAGUUUCUUGGAAAAAAUUCAGUCACAGGUAUAAACCUGCAAGAAACUCAAGAAAAACACGGCAAGAAGAGGGCAAUCUCCGUUACUUCAACUACAGCUAAAUAUGGCAGUUAUAUUCGCGCCAAGAAAACCAAGCCAAAGGUCAGGCGACGUGUACCACGACAACCUUCACCCAUUGAGACAGAGCCGAAACAGGUUAAUCUGAAUAAGGUAUAUUAUUUAAAGCAAGACUGCGAGAAAAGUGCUUUACGAGCAAAUAUCGUAAGAGGAUCUGGAACUUAG